UUUGUCACACAACCUGUCAAACGCUCGGUUGCUGCUAGGGUCAGUAAUUUAUUUUGUGUUGUUCAUUCCACAACUUUGCCAUCCCCCAGAAGAUCCCGAAACGUACACGUUCCUUAUCUGACCCUUCGCGAAGUAACUACGCCACCGUCACCGUCCGCACCGCGAGUGAAAAAUGCAUCCCAGCCGACGGCACGGCAGCUUCCGUGUGCAUCCGUACACCCGUGGCACGUAUUGUUAGGCACGGCAAGAAUCAUCACACCCUUCCGUCGUCCCGGGGCAGCAGUGAAGCUACUGGUGCUGACGUCGAAGUUUCGCAACGCAUUUUCGGUUGUGUGGUUGGUGCCCGAAGGCCACGCAGUUUUUAGCUGCUUCUGUUUCGGGGGAGGUUUUUCGUCCAUCCCAGCCGCGCUUUGUUGCAAAGCCAACGAAAGUCGUGUCGUCAUCUUCCCAAAUGGUUGGCACUCGACGGCAGCAGCAGCGCCAUCGCCAACAAACAUCCCACCAUCGUAUGCAGUGCAUCGCUACGAAAGGAAGAUAGCAUCGAAGGGUGUGUGAGAGAGAGAAGGGAGACGCGCAACGAACCUGCCUCAUCAUAAAGAAAAACAUAGUUUUGCCGUGCCUUUUGCCUCGCGAGUUCUUUACACCUUACCUUCUUCCUAGAUCGUGAGCUAUUUCAAAGCUACUGCACCUUUCCUCAUGUAGUAGUGUGAUCGCGAGUUCAUAUAUUAGCCGAACGUGCGUGUAGUGAUUUUGAGGGGUUUCCUAAAUAAGCUAAAAAGUGAAAUCAGUGCUAAAGAAAAGUUUAUGCAGAGCAAACAACCACCGAACCAGUGUGCGUCGUCGUCAUACGACAUUAUAAAUACGCCUUAGCAACAGGGCUUGGAGGACGGCGGCAAACGCAAGGUGGUGCCGCCGCUGUGUUUGCGCAUUCGUCAGGGUAGCGAUGAACGGUUCCGCGGCGGUGCUGGGCCAGAUGGUCGGUGGUGCCGAUCCGGGCACGGUCCUGGCCGGGGAAGGCAACACCGAGUGGCAAACGUUGCACUGCAGCAAGGAUGCGCUGACGGAUCUGUUCGGCUGGUUUCUGCAGGGCAUACUGGCCACCCUCGCCUUUACCUGCCUUAUCGCUAAACGCUUCUGCGAACCACAGUACAAUCGCCGCUCAUGGGAAACCUGGUGGUACGAUACGUCCAAGCAGGGCAUCGGUGCUCUGGUGAUCCACAUGGCCAACGUUUAUUUGGCCCCACUCUUCCAAGGCGACCCCUGUACCUGGUACAUUAUCAACUUCCUGCUAGAUUCUACCAUCGGGCUGUUCAUUAUUUACAUCGGCAUCAAAACCUGUCAGUAUUUAGCGCGGAAGAAAAAAUGGGAUGCCAUCAACUUUGGUGAAUAUGGUGCCCCGAAAUCCUGGCUCUACCAAACGUGUAUCUACGUGUGCCUGAUGGUGGUCGUUAAGCUGAUAACGACGCUAAUCAUUCAGUUCGAUGUGUGGGAUAACGUGAAAAACUUCGUCCUGUCGCCGUUCCGGGAUCCGCGGAUAGAGCUGGCCGUCGUGAUGCUGGUCAUUCCGUUCUUCGUCAAUAUCCUAAUCUUCUGGGUGACGGAUAACUUCCUGAUGAGGCACACGCGCAAGAAGCGCAACACGGCGGCCGGCAGCUCGCACCACGCGCACGGUCGGGAGCAUAGCUUGCUGCAAAAAGUAAAAUACAAAAUGAUACACAAAACCAAACCAAAUGACUCAGAAUCUGAUACUCUUUUGUCAGGCGAUGAAGAAAUUUUAAGCUUCAGUACGCCCAACGGUGGUGGUGGCGGCGGUGGUGGUGGUUUGGGGCAGAGCGUUACCAGCAAUCGGUCCUUCUCGGGGCGCCACUAUCACCACACGCAGCAUGCACCUUUCCUCCAUCAGCAUCACGCAUAUCUGCAGACGACCACGAUGGCGGACGGCACGUCAGUGGUGCCGGCGGCGUCCUCGUCGAUGGCGGGCAGCAGUGGCAGCAGUGGGGGUUCCUCCUCCCUGCUGACGCCGCUCGACAUGGACACGGCCAUCGUGCUGACGCGAACAUCACCCGGGCCGACGAACCGGCAAAGCACAGUUCAACAGCGCACCAGUGUCAUUAACAUUUAAGGACGAGCCUACCCCUCCCCUUUAACAAGCCGCAUAUCGUUCCGCGUGCGUGUGUGUGUGUACUAAUAACACUUAGAGAAAGAGAAGAAGAGAGAGAUUAAGUGGCAAUAUUUCCUGACGACCACACAGGGGACAUGGGAAAACAAAGGUGAUCGACACGGAAGCACUUCCCAAACGUACGGACCUGAACAAACAAACCUUAACAAUCAUGCACACCCGAUCAUUGUGUAUGGGGAAGAGCAGCCUCAUCAGAACCAAUCACAUUUCCUGUGUUGCAGCUAAAAAAAAAAUACAUUCAAAGUACCUUGGCAGAAGCAACGCAUUCAAACGAUAAAGUCUGAACACAAUUAACCGUAAAACAAGUAAUCUGACACUGGCACUCCAAAGAAAAGCCAGCCGAUCAGCAGCAGCAAAGGAAGGUGCGCGAAGAUCGAACGUUUGCUUCCGGUUCUGUUUAUUGUUGAACCCCCCGUUUGUUAAACCGUUGAUAGGACAGAUGUUAUAUAGGGUGUGUGUGUCCCCGCCCUCGAAGAAGAGAUAGUGUGGUGGUGAGUUAAUCGUUUCCCAAAACCCACCACCCCCCGAAUUUGCUGCACCGGCGGUGUGGCAUACCAUUGUGAUACUGAGUGAGAACUGAGCAGGAGCGUACACAGAAGAUUCACAUAUAUUCGUCCAGCGAGUGGCCCCCCCAUUCAGAAAAAGGGG